CGCAAAUGCACUGGGGGCCGUUUGAGUGACGCCGCUGCAGACGAGGCGGCGAAUAAAUGUUUAUCCUUUGGCGGGGUUGAAGAGGUAAAGGGACAGCAGCGGAGAAAAGCGUCGCCGUCGGGUCGCCGCAACAAGGAGCAGUCAGAUUCGGGUCGAUGACUCCACUUGAAUGAAUGGUGUUCAGCUCCUGCCCAUUUGGCUCCGAGCAUUUAUGUAUGACAUUCCAUUUGGUGAUUAGCAAAGGGUGGAUCGUGAAUGUAGAAAAUCUAAUUUUAAGAUGAUGAAAUGCAGAGACGUUCAAUAACACAAGCAAAUCAAUCCUGCCAUAUGUGUCUUUAUGAAAUUUCAAAAUACAUGAUUACCAUCAUAUAGUGUGGAAACAGAUCUUGGCCCUCUAUGUUGUUGGCCACCAUCAAGCAUCCAUCUACAUCAGAGAUUCUCAACUUUUUUCAUGCCAUCGACUCCUGCCAUUAGCUCAGGUGAUAUGAGAGAGGUGUUGGCCAAAGUAAAUUGGAAGGAAAUGCUGGCAAUAAUGACAGCAGAGCAGCAAUGAUUUAAACAGGAGCUGCCAACUUCAUUUGGUCCUUCAAUACUGGAUGGAAGGCAGACAUUGUAAACUUGCAUUGAAAAUGUUGAGGUGAAAUUUUGGUAUCCUUUGGGCCAAGUUACCAGUGCUAUGUAAGAGGACAGUAGAUGCAUGUUUCUUUUCUCCUUGGACUCCUUUUGGUGAAGACCGACUUGGGUUUGUUGUGUGGCUAUUUACCGGUGUGAACUUGCAUAUUGUACUUCAGUGCUGACAUUCAUGGGAACCUGUGACUUGAGCUUUGGAAGAAAUUAGAAGACUAGUAGAAGGAAAGAAAGAUAAUACUCAUGAAAAAAUGUCAACAAAUGAGCAAAGUCCUCGGCACAAUAAGGCCAGGACCAUGCAACGAGCUUCAACGUUUGAUCUGUCUUCAGAUAUGUUAAGUUUAUCAUUGGCAGCUAACAGCCAGGAUCCAGAUGAGCCUAUUUUGGAAUUUAGUUUAGCAUGCAGUGAGUUGAUCACUCCCUCCUUGGACCGGAAGCCAAAUAGUUUUGUUGCAGUAAGCGUGACAACCCCUCCGCAAGCUUUCUGGACAAAGCACGUACAAACUGAGAUAAUAGAGGGUACCAACAAUCCCAUUUUUCUAAGCAGUGUUGCGUUUUUCCAGGAUUCCCUCAUUAAUCAAAUGACACAAAUGAAACUUUCAGUGUAUGAUGUCAAGGACAGAUCUCAGGGAACUAUGUAUCUGUUGGGUUCUGCAACAUAUGUGGUAAAGGAUUUGCUAAAGGAAAAGAAUCACAGGUUGCACUUGACACUAAGGUCUGCUGAAAAUGAACGUGUGGGUAAUAUUACCGUAAUAGCAUGGCAGAUGGAGGACAAAGUUGGAGACAAGAUUCCUGUGAGCAGAUCACCUGAUACCAUUAAUGGAAGGACUGUAUUGCCAGUUGAUGAAAGCUUAACAGAAUCGUUGAGUAUUCGCUCAAAGCACUCUUCACUGAAGAAAGAUGCACUAUUAAAAUCAGUAUUUGGAGGGGUUAUCUGUCGGAUGUAUCGUUUUCCUACGACGGAUGGGAACCACCUACGGAUACUGGAGCAGAUGGCAGAGAGCAUGUUAUCACUGCAUAUCCCCAGACAGUUUGUCAAAUUGGUUAUUGAAGAGGAUGCAGCAAGGAUAUGUGAGUUGGAUGAUCUGGGUGAGCUGUCACCCUGCUGGGAGAAUCUUCGACGGCAAAUAGUUACUCAGUACCAAACUCUAAUAAUAAAUUACCAGGAGAAUUUAACCGAUUUGCACCAAUAUAAAGGUCCAUCUUUCAAAGCAAGCAGUUUAAAAGCUGAGAAGAAAUUAGAAUUUGUACCCACUAAUUUGCACAUACAACGGAUGCGAGUUCAAGAUGACUCUGGUGCAGAUCAGACCUAUGACGUCGUUACUAUUGGGGCACCAGCGGCGCACUGCCAGGCCUUCAAAGCUGGUGGCUUAAGAAAACUUCUGGUAAAGUUUGUGGAAGCUAAGAAAAAUUCAUCAUCUAGUUCCCAGUCUAUAGUAUACAUACCACAAGAUAUAGUAAGAGCUAAAGAAAUUAUAGCAAGUAUUAAUACCCUUAAAACACAAGUCAGUUACUAUGCAGAACGUCUGUCAAGAGCAGCCAAGGAGAGAUCUGCAAAUGGUCUUGAGAGGACACUGGCAAUUUUGGCAGACAAGACAAGACAACUGGUCACUGUUUGUGACUGUAAAUUGCUGGCAAAUGCUGUUGAAGCCCUUAAUGCUGCCAGGCCCAACUACAUUGCUUCCAAAUCGUCCCCAUCAGGAGAAGCAGACCAAGUGAUGCUCCGGAAUGACCAGGAUACCCUCAUGGCUAAAUGGGCAGGCAGGAACAGCCGCUCUUCCCUGCAUAUUAGCUGGCAUGAGGAGGAAUGGGAGAAAGUGUGGCUUAAUGUUGAUAAAAGUUUGGACUGUAUUAUUCAGAGGGUAGACAAACUUCUCCAGAAGGAGCGGUUACGUAGCGAGAGCAGUGAAGAUGUUUUUCACUGUGAUAUUACUUCUGUCAGCAAGAAAGGUAACCAAGAGCAUCGCGCAUACUGGAUAAAUCCAGGGGCCUUAGAUGAGAAAUGUUCUCAAUCUCCACCACCAUGUCGUUCUUCCAGUAAGAGAGCUGCGUAUUGCCACUCCACUGCAGAGGAGCCCUCUGAAGGUGAGUGGAGUGAAGCACUUUAUCCUUUGCUGACGACACUCACAGAAUGCGUAGCCAUGAUGAGUGACAAAGCAAAGAAAGCAAUGGUCUUUCUCCUGAUGCAAGAUAGUGCCCCUACUAUAGCAAUGGACUUGACCAUCCAGCACCGCAGAGAUGUGGUCUUUUGUCAGACUCUAACAGCCCUUAUCUGUGGAUUUAUCAUCAAACUAAGAAACUGCCUUCGUGAUGAUGGAUUUUUGCGCCAGCUGUACACCAUUGGCUUGUUGGCACAAUUCGAAGGGCUUCUAAGCACAUAUGGGGAAGAACUUGCUAUGCUUGAAGAUAUGAGUACAGGAAUUUCAGAUUUACGGAAUGUGACUUUUAAGGUAAUCCAGGCCAUAUCUGCUUCGUCAGUUGACAUGCUGCCAGUCAUUACUGGAAAUAGAGAUGGGUUUAAUGUGCGAAUUCCACUGCCAGGAGUGAUGUUUGAUGCCUUACCUCGGGAAAUACAGAGUGGGAUGUUACUUCGAGUGCAGCCGGUGCUAUUUAAUGUGGGGAUCAAUGAGCAACAGACACUUGCUGAAAAAUUCGGAGAUACAUCCUUGCAAGAAUUAAUUAACACAGAGAGUUUGGGCCGCCUGAAUUCUUACUAUGAACAAUUCAAGGAAGUUCUUCCUGAUGAUUGUCUACCUCGAUCCCGGAGUCAGACAUGUCUGCCUGAACUGCUGAGAUUCCUUGGCCAAAACGUCCAUGCACGGAAAAACAAGAAUGUAGAUAUCCUUUGGCAAGCUGCUGAGAUUUGCCGUAGAUUAAAUGGUGUUCGAUUUACAAGCUGUAAAAGUGCCAAGGACCGGACUGCUAUGUCAAUCACUCUGGAACAGUGCCUGAUCCUUCAGCAUGAGCAUGGCAUGGCUCCUCAGGUCUUCACACAAGCCCUGGACUGCAUGAGGAGCGAGGGAUGUCGCCGAGAAAACACCAUGAAGAAUGUUGGAUGUCGCAAGUACGCAUUUAACACUCUACAGUUGAAGGCUUUUCCAAAACAUUACAGGCCACCAGAAGGAACCUUUGGAAAAGUCGACACUUAACAUUAGGAAAAAGACCUUAACUCAAUGUGACUCCUGUGAAUGACUACUCGUUUAUAGUGAUAGCUGUGGGGAUUUUUAACAAUGAAAUGUGUAUAGUGAACAUAGCUGUCAACCAAAACAAAAGUAGUUUGUUCAACGGUUAAAUGUGUCUUCAACAUGCAAAUCACCCAAAUUGGUCUUUUCCCUCUAUCAAUGUAGAGCAUGCUCUUUUGGCUAGUCUGUUGAGAUGUACUAUAAUACGUACAUGAUAGAUUAGGUUGUGGGGUUUACUAUUUUAAAGCAAUCUGCACUUAAAAAAAAAAGUCCAUUAGAACUAGACCAAGAUAUAGGAGGUCCUCCCACUGCGACUGGACAGUGUGGGCAUUGUUUGGAGCUGAGUGCAAACUAUUCCAACUGCAUGCAUGUUUCAGGUAGUUUGCUGGAAACAUGGCUUCACACUUUAAAAGAACAAAUAGUGCUUAUUUUGAAGAUGUGCUGAUUUUAGGAAGCUGGCAGAAAAAUAUUUGCUUGAACUCUCCAUUUUACUGACACUCAGAUGCAUAAUGAGGCUUUCCAUAGGAUACCCACAUUACAGUAACUCCAGCUUUACAGGAUAUAUGCAUCUAUGUAGCUGCUUUUAAUUUAAAGCAGAGACUAGUACAGGUUCAGUAAUGUAUUUAGGAAAUGGUGUUCACUCAGAAAUAGUAACAAGCUUUCUCUUAGCAUUGUUUAUGCAAGAAAUGUGAAUGCAGAAAAGAGUAAAGGGGAGGUUUUUAAAGAGUUGCUCUAGUAGUGCAAAAUCUUGAUUCAUUAAGUCUAUGUACAGGAGGAAAGUCGUGGGUGAGAAAUCAACGUGCAACUCAUUGCCCCUCACUUCUCUGCCUCAUUCCACUUGCUUCACUUCAGGAAAAUGCAGACUUGCUUUACAUGUUUGUCACCAUUCCAGAUACCUGUACUGCAACCAGGUCCCUACAUUUUCGCUGUUGCCCAAAUCAUAUUGCAAUUCACAUUGCCUAAUCUCUUGCUAACAAAUUGUGUUAUCACUUGUCCGAUUAUAUAUGCCCUUGUACAAAAAGGCUUGCUUUGCAUUUUUUUUUUUGCUUUGCAAUGACAUUGUAUUCUUUUAAUCAUAAACCAACUACCAAGAAAGGAAUGCAGAGAGAGCCUGUUGGAAACUAGUGACUAAACAUGCCUUUAGGUCUGAUGAAUGUACUUUCAUAAACUUGGUUUAUUCUCAACCAAAUCUUCAUGGUUUUGCACAGCAUUCUUGUUUCCUUGCAUAGGGAAUGUUCUCAACUAAGGUAGACGUUGUGGGAAUGUCUAAAUGCUAAUCCUGUGGAUCAAAGAAAAAUUACAAACUCCUUAAAAUAGUUUGGAAAAUUAGUUUGAUCUCUAACAUCCAGAAUGCAGUACAUAUCUGCCAGUCUGUUAGCAACUGUCAAGUGCUUCUAUAAUGUAGUCUUUUGCAAUUAGACAUAUAGAGGAAAUUGUAAUAUUUACUUUCAAAUGCACAUACCUACAUUAAAGCACUUAAGCAACAGAGGGCUCUUGUAUGUAAAGGCCCAAGUAAACCAAGUCAAAUGCAUUUUUAUUAUACUGUUAACUUUAAGGGAAUUAUACAUGAAUUUUAUUUAUGAGGUUUACAAAAUUUGUAACUGUUUUACGUAGAGUGUAUUCAUUGUCAUUUUAUGAGAUGCAAAAGUACUGUGGAAGGAAAUUGUAAAACUUUGCUGUUUCUGCUGCUACAACGCCAUUGCAUAUGAAGAUUUUCCAUGCUGGGCAUAGAAUUAAAAUCCCAAACACUCCACUAGAUUUACUAGAAGGUGCAGAUGAAAUGCAGAUAUGGCUUCACUGAACCAAUAUUCUUCCUUGUGAUUUAGUUCACAUCUUUUUCAAAGCAGCAAUUUGUGCAAAGUUCGUCUUGUCUGAAUUCAAAAGCAUGUCAAGCGUUUGUUCUGCCUAGUAGAGACUGAUAAAAAUUUGCAAAACAGAAAGGACCGUACUUGAGAACAUUAGUAUAGAUGAGGAAAUUAAAUUGUAUUUGUACACUUGAUUAUGUUGUAUUAUACUUGCAAAUCCUGUAAAUUAACCAUGUAUUCCAUAUCUUACUGUGAGAUGCGAUUGUGAUUUAAGUUGCACAUUUUUAUGUAUAUAAUGUAUAUGAACAUUUCAUUCCAUCUGAAACUCUUCACGUUUUUUGUUAACUUUUACAAGUUUAAUUUAUGUUUUGCAGUAUUCAAACUGUUAGAUGUAUCUUACCCAUGGGAUUGUUUUUGUUUCCUACAAUCACAUUAGAUUCAAGUAGGCUGUAUAAAGUGCUUCUCACCUUCAAUAUGAAAUAUUAAAAAUGAAACUGACAAGUCGCUUACCUUCAACC